AUGCCGGGAAGCUCGUGCCCUGCCUUCGCGGAGGCAGGCUUGCAGAGCCGAAAAGACGGUGCCGUCCGCCACCGUGCCCUGUGCACGUUGGGGCAGGUUGGACUGCCCCUCGUCGGGGCGCGCGGCCCCGCCGGGGCCACCGCUCCCGGACACGGCGCCACGCGCCGCGGCGGCGCUGGCUUGGACAUCUUUGGACAUGCUGCGCUGACGGUGCCGCCCUCUGGCCAGGGGGAGGAGGGCCGUGGUCCAAUCGGGGCGCCCGUCAUGGGGGUCAGCGCCAACUGUGGUCAGCCAAUCCCCUCCGGCUGA